CUGGGCCUGCACACUGGUGACGACAUGGUCACCAAGGAAACCAAAAGAUGCAGCUUCUAAAAGGUCUCUGAAGGCUUUUGUUACUGUUGUCUAGAAUCUGAUUGGCUUAGCAGAAUGGUGUCGGGAUGGGAACAGACUGCCAGUGGCCUGCCCUGCGUCCUGCUGAAACUUCUAGGAUCUGGCGCUAAUUGCCUUGGAAAUCUCCUACUCGGCCCUUGGUUUAAGAAGAAGGAGCACUUUGGGGGUACUUUCUGGGUUAUGGUGAGAUUUGGCUCUGCUGAUGAUUCUGCUGAAAGGACAGGAAAUGAGGAUUUACAGAUGGAUCCAGUGGAAAAGACUACAAACAGAAGUGAACAGAAAUCCAGCAGAAAGUUUUUAAAAAGCCUCAUCCGGAAGCAGCCCCAGGAGCUGCUCCUGGUCAUCGGGACGGGCGUCAGCGCUGCGGUGGCCCCGGGAAUCCGCGCCCUCUGCUCGUGGCGGAGCUGCAUCGAGGCCGUCAUCGAGGCCGCCGAGCAGCUCGAGGUGCUUCACCCCGGGGACGUCGCGGAGUUCCGCAGGAAGGUGAUGAAGGACCGGGACCUGCUGGUCGUCGCCCACGACCUGAUCCGGAAGAUGUCGCCUGACUGCCUGAUGGAGGUUUUCGACAACCUGGAGCACCACAUCCAGAACCCGCUGGUGUUGCAGUCCGUCCUCAGCCUGAUGGACAGGGGCACGAUGGUUCUCACCACCAACUACGACAACCUGCUGGAGAUUUUCGGGCAGCAGCAGAGCAAGCCCAUGGAGUCCCUGGACUUGAAGGACAAGACUAAGGUCCUUCAGUGGGCGAGAGGGCACAUCAAAUACGGAGUUCUCCACAUUCACGGCUUGUACACCGAUCCCUGCGGGAUGGUCCUGGAUCCGUCGGGGUACAAAGAUGUUACUCAAGACCCGGAAGUCAUGGAGGUGCUCCAGAACCUGUACCGCACCAAGUCCUUCCUGUUCGUGGGCUGCGGAGAGACCCUGCGGGACCAGAUAUUCCAGGCUCUCUUCCUCUACUCGGUGCCCAACAAGGUGGAGCUGGAGCACUACAUGCUGGUGCUCAAGGAGGACGAGGACCACUUCUUCAAGCAUCAAGCGGACAUGCUUCUGCACGGGAUCAAGGUCGUGUCGUACGGGGACUGUUUUGACUAUUUUCCCGGAUACGUGCAGGACCUCGCCUCUCAGAUCUGCAGGCAGCGCAGCCCAGAUGCUGACCGAGUGGACAGCACCACGCUGUUGGGUAAUGCGUGUCAGGACUGCGCGAAGAGAAAGCUGGAAGAGAACGGGAUUGAAGAUUCAAAGAGGCCCCGACGGUCCGAUGCAGACGAUGCCGGAGGGUCUUGAAAUCUUUAAAACCGCCAAAACCUGCCACUUGAAGACCAGCCUUGUGUAACCGCAGUGCCGUAACCCAAGCAACGAGGAACGUUCAGAGAACUCCGCGUGGCAUCUCUCGCUUCAAAACCGUCCUACACCCCGGGAGAGCCGCGCGGGCGCCUCGGAGGCCGGCUGCAAGUUCCACCGUGUGGUUCGCACAUUUCGGGAGGUAGAGCCUCACGUGGGCCCCGACGGACGGCUACCUCAGGGACUGGCGUGGUGGGAGGGAGACCGGACUCCUGGCUUCUGCCCGACGGGCCCCCUUCGUCAAGGUGGUUUUUCUAGUAAAAAGGGGAGGGUGAGGACUGUCCAAGCAACAGUAGUUGCCAAA